AUGUUAGAUCAUUUUGCUACUGCCAUUUCCCUCUCUCAUCCAACUCCUUUAUUGUGCUUGUUUUUAUUGCUUUUAACUCUUUGCUUCACCAUGGAAGCACAGGGCAUGAUGUGGAUCCUUUGGAAGUCAUACGGGGCAGGAAAUGUGAAGACAGAUUUGUUUUUGGUUUUUAAUAUUGCAGUUGUCUCCUGUCUUAAACAGUCCUACAUAGCUAAGUAUGCAUAUGUGGAACAAAAGCCCAAAGCCGAGGGCAGAUUCUUAAUAUCCAACAUGAGCCAGGGAAUGGAAUAUUCUUAUCUGUAA